AUGAGUGGCUCGAGCCUUGGCGCCUCCGGCUGCCCGUACCGCAAUCAGCGCAGCAGCGCGCAAAACUUGAGUGAAACGCCGGCCUCCAGUAGCGAUCCAGUUAGUUACAAGCCCACGGGCGACCACAUGGCGGCGUCUAGCGUAUCGGGUGCCCCACCGCACGUGAGCCCAUUCGAUCAGCAGCGAAAGUCAGACACGGCGACGACGUCGCAGCCACCUCCGCUCACCGCCAAGGACCCCGCCGGUUUCGCCUACAAGACAGUGCGCGAAAGACUGGCCGUCAUCUUGACCAGAACCAUGGACACCGCUUCUAACGAUGUGGCCACGAUGGAACCCGACGCGUGCGAAGAUAUGAACCUCGUCGCAGAACGUCUGACCAAGUUGCGCGACGAGAUCGCAGCCAACAAGGCGCUGGUUGCCCUCGAGGACGACUUUGAAAAUGCGACAGUGUGGAACGCGGUGCUCGACGAGUACACGGCCGAAGGCAAGGGCGACCCGCCGCACUGGUACGACGUGCCCUGGUUGUACUUUGAGACUUACUUCUACCGGUGCAUCUUUGGGGCGUUCUACGCAUCGCCGAAGCUGAAGGAUUACGAUUACUUUGCCAAGUUCAAGCAUGAGGCGCUGGAAGGCUCGAUCAAUGCAGUAAGCAUUCUCAUCGAUUCUGCGGCUGCAAGCGAACAGCGGGAUCUUGCGCCGACGGCACUCAAGCAGGCCACUCGCAGUCAAGCCGACGCUCUGCAAAAGACUGACACGCUUCGGUCCUUCAUCAUUUCCAACCACACCGACAAGCUGAUGGAGCACCUGUGGAAGCUUCGCGAACGAAAUCUCGGUGGCAAAAAGCCGACACGGUUGCACUGCGUGGUGGACAGCUCGGGCUACGAGCUAUGCUCGGACUUUGUCCUCUUCGACUUCCUGCACAUAAUGGGCUACGUGACCGGCGUGACAAUACACGCUAAGGCCAUACCCUACUACGUGUCAGACGUGAUGCGCCGGGACAUGUCGUGGACUCUGCGCAAGAUGCAAAAGAGCGAACAUGAGUCAAUGCGGAUGGCGACACAGAGACCCGAGCUCUACAAGACGCUGCAGUCGGCGGACUUGGUGUUUAUUAAAGGGGACGCCAACUACCACAAGCUGGUGGGAGACCUCGAGUGGGACCCGUCAGUUCCUUUCAAGCAGGCAAUCAGGGGCUUUGAGCCAACAUUCUUGUGCGCACUCUGCACCAUCAAGUCGAACACUGUGGUGGGUGUGGAUAAAUCGGUUGUCCACGAGGUGGCGGAGCUAUCACCAGAAUGGAUGAUUACAGGCGAGUACGCAGUCAUAAAGUGCGCGGGAAUGACUUAA